GGGCCAGACACUGAUUUUGAUCUUUCUUGUCUCUGAACUGUGGCCCGUCUACAACCACAGCAUGACAAGCUACACAGAUAAAGGAGAGAAGCACACAAGGGGAAGGUUUGUCAAGUUUCAUCAUGUCACCUUCUGGGUCGGCAACGCCAAACAGGCAGCCUCGUUCUACAGUGAUAAGAUGGGCUUCGAGGCUUUUGCCUAUAAGGGUUUGGAGACUGGCAGUCGAGAGGUGGUGUCUCAUGUCAUCAGACAGGACAAGAUUCUAUUUGUGUUCGAAUCUCCACUAAAUCCUGGAAAUAAAGAGAUGGGAGAACACGUGAUUAAGCAUGGAGACGGAGUCAAAGACAUCGCCUUUCAGGUGGAGGACUGCGACUUCUUAAUCAAGACAGCCAAAGAGCGAGGAGCUGUAAUUGUCAAGGAGCCCUGGGAGGAGCAGGACAGCCAUGGGAGGGUCAAGUAUGCUGUGGUUCAGACGUAUGGAGAUACAACACACACACUCAUUGAGUACCUCACUCCCUACAAAGGCCUUUUCCUGCCGGGCUACAAGGAGCCUCUGUUCAGGGAUCCUCUGUUAGCCACACUUCCACCUGGAGGUUUAAACUUCAUUGAUCACUUGGUGGGAAACCAGCCAGAUGAUCACAUGGUGCCAAUUUCAGACUGGUACCAGAAUUGCUUGCUGUUCCAUCGGUUCUGGUCAAUAGACGAUAAGCAAAUCCACACACAGUACAGUUCACUGAGGUCUAUAGUGGUGACCAACUAUGAAGAGACCAUCAAGAUGCCCAUAAACGAACCUGCAAGGGGGAAAAAAACAUCACAAAUCCAGGAGUAUGUGGACUACAACGGGGGACCAGGUGUUCAGCACAUCGCCCUCAACACAUCAAACAUCAUCCAAGCAGUAUUGAACCUGCGCGCCCGGGGGGUGGAGUUCCUCGCAGCGCCCGACAUUUACUACAGCACACUGCGGGAGAAUCUUAAAACUGCCAAGAUCAAGGUGAAGGAGGACCUCGACCGUUUACAGGAAUUGAAAAUCCUCGUUGAUUUUGAUGACAAGGGCUACCUUCUACAAAUCUUCACCAAACCCGUGCAGGACAGACCAACCCUUUUCCUGGAGGUCAUUCAGCGGAACAACCACUCUGGCUUCGGGGCAGGAAACUUCAAGUCUCUCUUUGAGGCCAUUGAGAAGGACCAGGAGGCCCGGGGAAACCUCACAGUGCUGACCCCCACAGGGCAGGCCAAAGCCUUCGACUGAUCCCCGGCUGCUGCCGCCGCCGCGCCACACUCGGGCUGUUGUCUACGGCUGUGCACUUCCAUCAACCACACCGGGUCUCAAACAUGCGCUGGGUAUCUGCACGGGACAAGCUACAGGUGCUAUUCCAUGUGCUUAUAAGUUGUCUUCAGAUUGUAUUCCUUAUGACCGAAUAAAAUAGAUAAAGUGAAAAAAAUUAAUGAUUUUCUUUCAUCUCACAGAAAGUGAAUCAAGUUAUUUACCAAAAUGUCUAAACGGCUACUUUGUCGUGUUUUAAAUCAAUUAAUCUUUAUUACUGAAAUACAUAAGACUGCAAUUAAAAUCGUUAUCAGCUCGGCUCAUGUCAGUCACAGUUCACUUCUAUUUCAUUUUUUUGAUCAAAUGAUUAGACAAGUUUCAGCUCCUCCACAGCGACACGCUUGUUGCUGGACGGUACAAAACCUCCAACGGCAUUGUGGGUCGCUGUCGAGUGUUAAUCUUUUGGUUUUUGGGUAACAUUCUGCAUAUCAUAUAUCGUGCCUACCACCACACGGGUUUGGUUCUAAUCAUACCAAACUUGUAAGAAGCUAUUUCAUAAUUCCUUCAAGAUGUCAUGGAAGCUGCAACUCACACACAAACUUUUCAAACUGAUGUCAAAUAUACUCGGUUUGUUCUGUAUUCAGUGUUAUCGUCAAUGCCACCUAAACACACACACACACACACACACACACUACACAACUCACCGACGAUAAAAUGUGGAGCAUGCAAACUGAAAGAUCCACAUAGCCAUAAAAAAACAACUGAUGGCCCUCUUUUAUUUCCAUAUAUGCGUGUAAGUAUAAGUUAGCCAUGUCUUGAUAGAAUAAUAAUAAAAAGACAUUUUGCAGGUGGA